CACGUUCAUCCCUCAUGGACUGACAGACACGACUGAAAGGUUGGCAAGGGGAGUGGUUCCUUUUUUUAAUUGUUUCUGUAGCCGUGAUGUGACAUUCAGAGAGCUGAAGGAAAUGGAGGGUUUGGAAGGGAUGGCAGUGGAAGGAAAAAGAGAUCAGGGGUCUCCGACGACGACGACAUACUGUGUUACUGGUGCAACUGGUUAUAUUGGGUCUUGGCUGGUGAAGGCUCUCCUUGAUUCAGGCUACCAAGUUCAUGCCACCGUACGAGAUCCUCCAAAGUCGCUAUCCCUAAUAUCCAUGUGGACUGGAAGUGAGCGAUUGAGAUUGUUCCAGGCUGAUUUGCAAGAAGAAGGGAGCUUCGAUGAGGCUGUAAAGGGCUGUGACGGUGUGUUUCAUGUAGCUGCUCCAAUGCAAUUCAGCAUUCUUGCAAACGAGGACAUAGACAGUUAUGUUCAAUCAAAUAUCAUCGACCCUGCAAUCAAAGGAACCUUGAACCUUCUGAAAGCCUGCUUGAAAUCCAAAUCUGUGAAAAGGGUUGUUUUCACAUCUUCCAUUAGUACUAUCACCGCCAAAGACAGUAUUGGAAAUUGGAGAUCUGUUGUUGAUGAGUCUUGCCAAACUCCUAUUGAUCAUGUCUGGAAUACAAAAGCAAAUGGAUGGAUUUAUGUACUUACAAAGCGUCUCACAGAGGAAGCAGCAUUUAAAUUUGCAAAGGAAAAUCAUAUUGAUCUCGUCUCAGUAAUAACAAGUACAGUUGCUGGCCCAUCACUCACUUUGGAUGUCCCCUCAAGCAUUCGAGUUCUCUUGUCUCCAAUAACAGGAGAACCUGAGACCUUUGGGAUAUUAUCUGCUGUGAACGCAAGAAUGGGGUCAAUUGCUUUAGUUCACAUCGAAGAUAUAUGCAGUGCCCACAUAUUCCUUAUGGAGCAUGCUACAGCAGAAGGCCGAUACAUAUGCUGUGCCCAAAAUUGUCAAAUGUCCAAGUUGGUUCAGCAUCUAGCUGAGGAAUACCCGUGCUCUAAUAUUAGGUCUGUAGACAAAGAAGACAACCAAGUCCCUCCUGAAAUUUCUUCCAUGAAGCUAAGAGAUCUGGGUUUCAAUUUCAAAUAUGGCGUACAAAACAUAAUACAUGAGACAAUCACUUAUUGUCUGGAGUACGGUAUUUUACCUCCUGCAAAGUAAUGGAGGAUGCUACGUCGGUAAACUGAAUCUUUCAAUGCAAAUUGGUGUAACAUUAUGUUAAGAUAUAAAAUAAAUAAUAAAAAUUUACUUCUUUCUAUCA